ACACACACACACACACAGUGGAUAAAAAUGUGAUAUCCCAAUGAGUUCACACUUCAGUCCUGCAGAUGGCGGUAAUGUACCUCCAAAUAAAAACCACAGAAGAAGCAGUAGCUUUUGUCAAGAUGGCGACGCGCAUUGUAAGCAUGAGAUUUUUGUGCCCAAUGUUUCAGCCAGUAUUGACAUUGCGAUGUCAUGGCGUUAAUAUCAAAAGAUAUGUGCGUAAACGCAUUUGUGUGUCUGGUUUAAUGUCAGUGAAAGAGUCUAUAGAAAAUUCGAAACAAGUCGUCAGUCAAAACGAACAUUUAUUACAAGACAACAUUUUCAGAAACAAUAAAAAAGACAGCAUUCAUCGACCAGACAACAUCUCGGAUACUGUAUUAGCCCGGGAAGAUGUGAUAAAUGCAGACCACUGCGACAAUCCUCAGCACACCACAUUGUCUCGUUUUGGAGAAUUGAAUGGUUUGUUGUACGAGAAAGCACAGCCUGGGGACAAGAUUGUGACGAGGUUGGUCAACAUCGCUCGAUCUAAGAAGUUUCGGGAGCAGCAAGGUAAAGUUGUUCUGGAGGGAAAGCAUCUUAUACGCAGCGCUCUGGAUUCAGGGGCCAUAGCACAAACUGUUUAUUUCAGUUCAGUGGAUGCACUGCAGGAGCUUCCCCUGGAUAGACUCAGACGUACCAGCAUCGUGAAAGUCAGAAUGGAUGAUCCUAAAAUCUGGUCUGAUCUUGACAUCUCAAAAAAUUUAAUAGCCAUAUUCAGACGGCCCGAAGCAUCCCAUUUAACUUUCUCAGAAGAAAAGUAUGGCAAGCCUGUGCCCCUGACACUGAUUUGUGACAAUGUGAGAGACCCUGGAAACCUUGCAGCAGUGUUACGCUCUGCUGCUGCUGCCGGGUGUCACAGUGUGCUGCUCACUAAAGGAUGUGUGGAUGUUUGGGAGCCCAAAGUUCUUAGGGCAGCCAUGGGCGCUCACUUCCGUCUCCCUGUAAUCCCAAACCUAACAUGGAGUGAUAUUCCAAGUCAUCUGCCCAAAACAGUAACCAUACACGUAGCGGACAACUGCAGCACCACCUUGACCGAAGAUAACAAUACCAUAAUCCCUCAGCAACAGAAAAAGCCUUCUGAUUACGGUUGGGUCAGAGGGCAUCAGUACCCAAAGAAGGUGAAAUAUGAGGAUGAUGAUUUCUGUGGUUUUGAGGAUUAUGAUGGUGGCAAAUCCCUCGAGACGCAGUGUUAUUACAUUGACUGGGUUGCUAGGCACACAGGUCUUGUAAUUGGUGGAGAAUCACAUGGUCUGAGUCGGGAGGCUUUGCGAUUGGCUGAGAGUACUGGAGGACGGAGGUUACUGAUCCCCAUGGUAUGUGGUGUGGACAGCCUGAACUCUGCCAUGGCUGCAAAUAUUUUGCUUUUUGAAGGUAGGAAGCAGCUGCUGUCACUGGCUGAGAAGAUAAGAAGUUGACCACAGCUUUGUGAAAAAUGAUGAUAACGCCAUGCAAUCAUUACAUAAUAUUAUGUAAUAUAAACACAUCCAGAAUGUUUUUUUGUGUGUGAUAUUUAAAUAUUUGUAUGUAAAUAAGGCCUUUUUGAUUCGAUUAGAAUUCAUUCAUUCAUUCAUUAUAGAAAAAUACUAUUGAUUUAUGAAAAAAAAAUCUAUUUCAGUGUCCUCAGUAUUGAAAUAAACAGUCUCAAAAUUAUGGCUGCAGUAUGUUUUGGAAGUACUUGUGUGGGGAUUUUUUAUUUAUUUUUUAAAUAUAUGCAAGGACAAUUUAAAAAGACAUUUUGUAGAGUAUGGUUUAAAUCAUAUCCAAGAGUUCGAUGGAAGCAUAUAUGUAGCCAUAUUCAACUUGAAAUGCAAAAUACAAAAUGGCAAUGCAAUAUGUUGAACAGCAAUGUAUUUUUGUAUUUACAUGCAUAUUUUCCAUUACAUGUGUAACGUUUGGUGUAUAAUAAAAAUUUAAUUACUUAAUGUACA